UUUCAUUAUCAUGGAAAUCUACAGUUUUCGCUCGGAAUAUCAGGAGCCUGCUUCAAACAGUCUUCUGGCUGUCUGGCUUUUGGCUGCCACACUGUGGCAGCCAAAAGUGUGGCAGCCACACUGAAAAAGAUUGUGCAAUGACUCCAGAAGGAUUUCAAGUUCGAGGGAUGGACUGUAAUCUGGCGAGUCAGCUGCAUUUACAAGUAGACAGAGGUGGAGAUUUUGUCGAGGCUUGGUUAUGUUCAGCGAGCUCUACGUGGAGGAAAAUUUCCAGCUAACAUGACUUCGACAGUACUUUGUCCAUUUGAUGUAGAGAUGAGGCUUCAGCAGGAAUCAGGACCACAGGGACUGAGUUACCAAGACUUCACGACGUCUGAAUUAGGAGCCUUAUCUCGGGCCCUGGUAGCUGGUUCUCCGAGGGAGCCAGCAGUAAAAGAUUUGAAAGAUUCUCACUUUCCUCUUGGAGCUGUUGGAUCCGCAGCUGGAGAGAGUGACUUUAGCAAGAGGUCGAGAUCUAGGACUGUGGAAUGGAGCCCAGUAGAAGUUUCAACUCUCAUCGAGGCUUACAUAUCAAUAUACGUCGUGAAACGCUUCUUGACGUCUAAGGAUUGGGCGGAGGUUACAAGGAUGGUCAACUCCAGAGUGCUGAAUGGCAACAGAUGCCCCGAUCAAUGUCGUGACAAGAUUGAUAACUUGAAAACAAAAUCAAGCAGGAGCGCAGUUAUAAAAAGUCAAUCAACAUGGCAAUGGUUUCGUAUCUUUGACGCCAUUAAUAAUGUUGGUCGAGAUCCAAGCUCUCAAAGCUGGGCCAUUUUACAUAUGAACGCUUGUGACUCAGACUUAAUACCUCUGCUGCAUGCACUACCAGUCCGGAGUCCUUGACUAUCUUCGCAGGCUCUUUCAGUGGCAUUACCACAGGCUAUGGCUCCCAGUCUGAUGGCAAUAAUCUCAACCGAGUUCGUGAUUCGAAAACAGUUGACAUUAGACCGAUCUUGGGUGAGCUGAAUGGACAUAUGACCAGAGCACAUUCAAUGAAACACAGAAUUUCAGAAAAGAACAUGAACACCGAGUCUGCAGAGCUCACGCGGUGUAAAAGACCAGCUAGCAAGAAAUGCAAAACCUUUUGCAGCUGUCAAGCGAGGAAGCAAGUAGCCUAAAGUAUUGGAAAAUUUGCAGAUGUCUUCGCGAAAGUGGAAAUGUACAAGGACAUCGAGGUCAUGCGGCAGGUGAUGCAGUUUAAGCUCACCACGAUCCUCCAGGAAAAUUCGAACAGAAAACCACAACGAACCUCUACUACAGAUCAUUUUGCAGGAACUGACAGUGUGCGCACGUGUCAUGUAACUCUACGCCUCACCUGCUGAGAGGUGCAACACCAGCGAGUAACUGCAUUCUAUGAUCACCGAGACUUAUGUGAGUCACUCACUAUAAAUGGAAAAAAGACUGGAACAGGCGUCGACAGUGGCUCCGCGAUGGUUUGCCUUUUCACGUUUUGAAUGUGGGUACCGUGACCAAGUUACCCAUCCUACAGCUUGACUGAUUGGAAGGCUGAAGAGGUCGCAUCCGGAAAGAGAGAUCUGCCAUAGAUUUGAUUUGGCAUGCAAAAGGAUGAUGCACGUUGAGCUUUGGUUGAAGCUUGGCAAGAUCUGAUUGAAGGAGACAUAAGAUAACAGUUUUUCACUACAAAGCUCACAUUGUUAUUGUGUGCAAUCAAUC